GGCCGUAUCACAUGUCGGCCUGGCAAAGUAUGUAUUGAAGAAAAAUGCGUAGAUCCGCCCACAUGUGCUGGUCAUGGGCAACAGUGUCGUCAGAAAGGGUGCUGUGAUGGCUUAUAUUGCCAUCAACGAACAUCAUUCGGUGCUGCUACUCCCAUCUGCGUGCAAAAUGCCUUUACUGGAGAAGAUUGUUCCAGCGGUAUUCCUUGCGAGGGUACGUCGCAAUGUAUUCGCGGGCGGUGCUCGGUCCAAGGAGGAUCAGACUGUGAUUUUGAUGGCGCCGUAUGCCCUUAUGGUUUUCUUUGUGGUCAUGUGAACGUUUUUGAACACGGCACGAAUAAAAUGUGCCUU